CACUCGAUUGCUGUCAGAGGAUGCUUGCUACAAUCCAUUGCUUUCAAUUCACACUAUCAUGCAGGCUCAGAGCGACAGCAGUGACUCUUCCGCCACUGAGCCGAUAGUUACUCUAGGCUGGUCAAGGCUCACCGAACAAAUACCUGUAGAAUGAUAACCAAUAGAUCAGAAAUGGAAACCCAAUAUUCCCAGCACGUCCGUCAAGGGGUUCCAGAAGGCACAGCGCGAUUAGCUUGUCGAACCAGAUUUCAGUACUGUGGGAACCGUACUGAUCCCCAUCAUCUUCCAACUUGUCCAACUUGGUCCGAGUGCCUCACUUUUUGCAACGCACAUAAAUGCGAAGACCAAUGCCGGGUCUCAAUCGCCAUCGCCGAGCACUCUGCAGAUUGGACCGAUGAAGACCCACAACUCUCCGACUGGGACGUGAUUGGCUCUCUUCACCAGGGUUCCGUUGAAAAUGAUACGAACACGACUGCAGCAGAAGCUGCGGAAGCCGGACGUAUCGAGGAAGCUGCGGAUAAGAUAUUGAACAUGUCGCUCGGAAACCUUGCGUUGGAGUGCCGUCCACUGGGUCCCGCGGAUGUUCACUCCGACUUGGCCACUGAAGAUGAGCUUGACUAGGUAACGCGUAUCUAGGGAAUGCCUUCGCGGAUUCGUGUGCUCAUGCUUGUGACGUCUCUUCCACCCAUGUCUCCAAGAACCCGCUGUCUUCCAUGAUAUCGUGCCACUUUGCCACCCACUGAUUGCCGG